AUGUUGCGCUGGCUGUUGCUGUGGAUGACUGUGGUGGUGGUCACAGCUCUGGAUGAGCGGGAAUUCGAUCCACAGGUGGCACCUCCUCAACGCUUAGUUGCGAAACCCUUUCAACUGUGGCGUAGCUUGGCGAGUCAGGUGCGUCUGGUCCUCAGUCGCCUUCAACCGAGUGCCCCCACUCCUCCCACCGUUAAGACCAGGAUGGGUACUACCACCACAACUCCAGAGCCAGAACUGCAGUUCUAUGGAGCUCUGAAUCCCAUAUAUCAAGCGGGAAACUUUUAA